AUGCCGGCUAUCGACGCGAGCGUGGCGCCGCAGGUGCCUCUGCAAUCCCUGCCGGUCGUGCAGGAGGCUGUCCCCUUUCCGACGUCGCUCCCGCCAUCGCCGCCCGAGCCGCCAGCGCCGCGGUACGGCACGGCCGUCGGCUUCCUCGCGAGGGGGCCGGGGAUGGAGCCCGUCCUCUCGCUCAGCCUCGUGGUCGGCGCGGUCGGCGCCGCCGGAGCCGCAUUGUCCGCGCACCAAAGCGAGAUGGCGUCCAUCUUCCCCGUCUUCUUUGGCGCGGUGUGCCUCAGCUUGGCCGCCUUCUCCGUGUCCAACGCGCUGCUCUGCGGCGACGAAUUGGCUCGCGCGUGGGCGUUCGUGAUCCCGCUUCACCCUCUUCCGCUGACGGCGCUACUGUGGCUCGUCCCCGCGGACGAUCUUCUGCGCGCCAAGGAGAGCAUGGACAGCUUUCGUGUGCCCGGGACUGUAUUAGUUGGGGCAAUCGGGGCGGUGACCGCCACCAUGCCGCGCCCCCUUCGCUGGAAGUGCAUGGUGGCGGCCGGCUUCCUUCUGUCGACUGCCAGCAAUUUCGGUGUGGCCACGUACCUACUCGACGAGCGGCUCUCCUUCAUUUACGAGAUGUUCCCCUACCACCUCUCGACCCUGGGCAGCCUCGCCCUCACCCUCCUCUGCCAGAAGGUCAUCAAGGAGUUCAUCGGGCAGCAGAUCAUGGUGCGUGCUGCCCCCAAGCCACUGACGAUGCUGCCUUGGGUGAGCGUCAACUUCGAGGACGGUGGCGUCAACGAGCGCGUCACCAGAGCCUGCCUGGCGGGCGCAUUCGCGUGCAUUUGUCUCCUCGUCGUGUCCCACCACCUCCUCCUCUUCCGGGAGCAGAGGGAGGAGUGGGGCAUGCGACGUGAUGCGGCCGACGCGAUGCCGACCGGCAGCCAUGGCGGCGGCCGUGGUGGCGGCAUGGUCCCGCAGGUGGCGACCCUCUUUGCCUUCUACACGCUCGGGCUGUGCGUGCUGGCCGCGGCCUUGCCGACGAGCGCCGACCUGCGGCGUGGUCGGCAGUUUCUGCUCGUCGUCACCGUCCUCAUGCUCACCUCCGCCGUCGAGACCGUGCGCAACUUGUGGCCGCGGGUGGCGGCGCUCCCGGAUGAGGCGAGCGCCCCCUACCACCACGCGCUGCUGGCAGGCCGCGUGCUGCUCUGGCUGGCGGCUGUCGUCGGCACCGCUUCCGGCGCCGCCUGCCGUUGGCGCUUCGUGAAGCUCGUGCCCUGUGCCGAUGCCACGCUCGGGCUGGUGAUGCUCCUCGGCAUCUUCCUCACACAUGCGCGGGCGACGUCGUUCCGCGACGCCUUGCACAUGCCCGUGGCAUCCUCGUGCAGCACCGGCUUCUGCCACGCCGCUGGCGACGCGUCCUUUGGCUGGGUGCUCGCGGUGUGCGCGACCAACGUUGCAUUGCUGCUGAUGCUCGGCGUGAGCCUCUCGCCUGCGAGCCGUGCAGGGCUCGCGGCGAGGGCCAAGCAUAGUCUGAGGGUUAGGUUUUUGGAGCUUCGGGUGCUUUUACGCUUUUGA